UGCCAUCCUGAUCGACCUCAACUUCGAAGAAGAGAUCGCAGUUUUAGCGAUAAAACAAGUUCGAACGAAUUGGGAACCGAUACAAAAAUUUCAAUCAGAGAGAAAAAGAAAAAAAACGGAACAAAUAUGUCGUUCUUUGAAACCGCCAAAGCUGUGAUAGUUUUCAUUUUUUGGACAGUGAUCUUCUGCAUCGAAACUAUCAUCAAUUUGUUCAUCCCGUUGAAAUACAAGAUGAAGAGCAUUGCUGGGGAAAUUACUCUGGUUACCGGUGGUGGUAGCGGUCUAGGAAGAUUAACCGCCCUCAGGUUGGCCAAUCUAGGUGCCAUCGUUAUCGUCUGGGACGUAAACAAGGCUGGCAUGGAAGAGACUGUCAAGUUGGUGCAGGCCGCAGGUGGCACUUGUUACGGUUACGUUUGCGAUUUGUGCGACAAGGAAGAUAUUUACAAGAAAGCGGAACUGGUUAGGAAGGAAGUUGGGAAGGUAACUAUUUUGAUAAAUAACGCCGGCGUAGCCCAGGGAUUGAAAUUCUUAGAUUCGCCGGACAAACUUCUUACACGAACAAUGGACGUGAACGUGAUGAGUCACUUCUGGACGACGAAAGCGUUCUUACCUCCAAUGCUGGAAGACAACAAAGGUCAUAUUGUAAGUAUCGCAAGUUUAGCUGGAUUCAUAGGAGUACCGUGCUUAGUGGAUUAUUGCGCCUCGAAAUAUGCGGCAAUUGGAUUCGAACAAGCUCUUCAUAUGGAGUUAAUUGCCGAUGGAUACGAUAUCAACAUGACCGUGAUAUGCCCGUUUUUCAUUCGAAGCACUGGCAUGUUUGGCGAAGUUUCUCCUAAAUUUUUACCGAGCGUUUUGCCGAAUAAAGUGGCUGAUCGAGUGAUAACUGCUUUGAGGUGCAAUGAAAAACUCGUUGUAAUUCCUGGUUACAUACGCUUUCUCGUUGCUGCAAAAUGGUUUUUGCCAUGGCCUUCCGUAGUUAUGUUCAUACAAAAUUUACUGAGUAAAACACCGAUUCCAUCGGACAUUACUGCUGAAAAAAAUAAGAAAGAAAAAAUUACUCCAGGAAUGGUAACCAAAGAUUCAGACACCUCGGCUGUUCAUCAACAAUUAACCAGACGUAUUUCUAGUUCGAAAAAAAAGAAACCUUAAUCGUUUGAUCGACGCAACAUAACCAACUAUUUUCGAUUGCUUUUUCCCAAAAACUUGAAUAAAUAACCUGUGAGAGUUAUGAAGAGAAUUUGACAUAUGUCAUAUCAAAACAUUAAAUUAUUAUAAUUGCGAAACUCGUUUAAUACGAGUUUUAACUAGUAGAGUUUGUUAUACAAGAUAAAUUUUAACAAACAAAGUGUGGAUUGUUGAUUGUGUAAUUUUUAGAAUUAAUAUUGGAAUGUGAAAAAAUAGUAAUAGGAGUUAAGGUAAAAUAUGAGUUUAUAAUCUAAAUCUUAUUAUUUAUUAUUUAUUUAUCAGUACUGUAUCGUGUCUUCUGAAGAAAAGUAAAAUACUUUGCUAAUUAAUCAUUGAUCAAGACCAAAUUUGAUUAGUUUGUAAAAAAGAUUGUAGGCGGAAUCUUGCAAAAUGUCAAUGAAAAUUCAUGUAUUUU